AUGGAUGCUGUAGGUCUUGCACUCAGUAUCGCGACCCUGUACACGACGUGUCGUGACGGUUACAACUUCUUCACCACCUCCAUUCUCAAAGCAUGGGGCUUCCACUGGGAGAUUCAAAGUGAAUCCGGCGGCGAGCCAGAACACUCCGAUCCCAACAGGCGAAAACGGACCAAACUUCACCAGUACCUCUUGAGCAACCGAUUCAAGGCCGAGGGCGUCUUCAAGACACUUUCUGCUCUUGCCGAUACACUCUCCGACCAGGAGAGGCUCACCAAACGCUAUGGUAUCCAGUUUCGACCUGCUCAGGCCAUCCAAAAUGGAUCGGAGUCGACCAGCAACGUCCAGCUGGCCAUCACUGGCACUACGAUUGAGGAUGUCAAGCCGGUGAUCAACGAAGUCAGGAAUCGCCUCUCCGUGCUCAACAAGUUCAAAUGGGCCUUGAAAGACAAGGACAACUUCAAGAAACUUAUCGCCGACUUGCGAUCUCACAGCGAAUCGCUCUAUCGUCUUUGCCCGGAGAAUGCGUUCGAGUCAAUGAACAUCUACCUCACCAUGGAAUGCUUGGCCAAGCAGGAGUCGCCAGCAGGUCUGAAGUGGACUUCAAGCCUCGCAAUCCGGCAAGCGAAACUCGACGAGGAGUCUUCGGUGCGGGAAGGCUACGAAUUGUUGGCUUCGACGGCUACUCUGAAAGCGUCGGUUAAUGAAAACAGAGACAAGCAGGAGGGCUUUGUCAUGGAUCUUACCGCCGUCGACAAGAAGCAAAGCGAGAUGUGGUAUUUAGGAAAGGGCCUUGCCCUGUUCGAGGAGCAAGUCGUUUACGUGGAAAUGCGAGACUACCGCGGACCGCCACUCGAACUCACUGCAGAGCAAAAGCAGCAAGUGAAGCGCCGGAAGCGAGCGCGCUUCUUGCGAUCGUCCCUCGACGAUAGCGAAGAAGAUGCCGAACCAAUCGAGCUUGUCAGACCAGCCGAUGCCCAGCUUCGCGCUGUCAUCAAGAACUUCUACAACACCUUUCGCGGCGCGAACAUGAUGGCGAGCGUCUAUGGAUUGGACAUUGCCGGCAUGAUCGACCAUACCGAAGGCGAGCACAAGGGGCAUUGCAGCAUUCUCUACAAGCUCCCCGGCAGGAUUGGCGUCCAGAGUCGUGAGCGGCCUGCGGAGAACCUCAAGCUUCGCGCACCUGUGACGCUGCAGUCGCUGCUUGGGAUCGAGCAGAAACAAGGCAUUCGAUCUACGCUCGGUUCGCGAUUCGAGCUGGCCAGGAAGCUUGUGCGUGCCGUUUGCCUGCUUCACUCCAGUGGCUGGCUGCACAAGAACAUACGCGCCGAGUCAGUCAUGUUCUUUCCCGAGCAUGUCAGUGCGCUUCAGGAGGAUCAAUACGAGGUCAAGAUCGAGAUCGACGUCUCAAAGCCUGUUCUCAUGGGCUACAUCUUUUCACGGCCGGACGAUAUCAUCAUCCGAACGAAUGCACCUUCUGCACAACAAAGAGAAGACAAGAGGGAACCACCUCGAACAGGUAGCAUAUAUGGUCGCGAUAUGCCAGUCAGCUCGGCCGUGACCGAGCGUGCGAAAGAGACAAAUAUCAGUGGCUUUACGCUUGACUAUUAUCAGCAUCCUGCGAAGCACGCGGAUCCGAAGCGUACGUAUCGUCACGCAUAUGAUGUGUACUCGCUUGGUAUACUUCUACUCGAAGUCGGGCUCUGGGAGAAAUUGAAGAACUAUGAAGACUUGCGCACGGAAUUUGAUGACGAGCCUGAUUACGACGAGGAGGAUCAUUAUGAGCGAAGGCGAUGGAUUUGCCGAAAAUAUCUUGAUCGUCUGAGAUGGGCGUGCGGAGACACGUAUGCGGAUGUUGUGCUCAGCUGCCUCAUGAUUGAUAGUAGUGAUGACGAAGUUGGCAAGGCAAGCGAGAGGGAGCUUUGUGCUAGGAUUGUAGCCGACCUGGAGGGCUGUCGGGCUUAG